AUGCAGCACGCGCAGGACGGGGUCCAACUCGACAAGCAACGGGCCAGUCGAGGCAGUUUGUCAGUUGAGUCACUCCACCAGCGAGUUCGGUGCGAGUCAAGUUACGUCAUCUCGUUUCCAACUUGGACCCCCGUGCCCGUGCCCAGAGCCCCCGAAAGCCAAGUCUCCAUCGCACCAAAAUUUGACUUUGCCUCACACAUUCGACGCAAGACUGUUGCGUACGGACCAAAAAAGGUGCAAUCCGUACAAUCUGUACAAUCUAUGCAAUCUGUGCAACUGUCACAAACCUUUUCUUUGGACCUCCGGUCCCUUUAUAUUAGCCAAAUCUCGUGCCUCGUCCAUGUCGCGGCAUCCGUCUCCCUCCCCCGACCAACUGAGUCUCCAAGCCAAAGGUCUCAAUUCUUUAUCAUCUUACAUUUUUACAUCUCUCCUUCCAUCACCGGCACCACGGCUGACUAUCUACAUUUCGAAGAAGACGCUGUUGCUGUCGCGCCGCAGCCACAAGACCAAUCACUGCGGAAACUUGCUAUGAGCCAUCGGAUGGGUGCUGCGUUUUCCGGACCUUCUUCACCCACGAUCCAAGCCGACGUCGAUAACCGCAAUGCGGACGCCCAACAUCUACACACCACUGCUUUACCCCCUCCAGCCUUGACGAAUGCGCUGAAGACAUUGAAGACUUCCGACCCCGGCGUGCCCGGCCCUCCCAAUGGACUUCCCAACGGCCUUCAUUAUGACUCGCCCUACUCGCACAGCAUCUCCUCCACGGCACCGGCUUCGCCCCGGAUUCCGCCGGUACGACAAAACUCGGGGAGCCACACACCGAGAGUCCGUCCGCAUGCGACGACGCUCAACAUACCAGGAAUGACACGCUCAAGGGCAUCUCCUGAUGGCCGCAUCCCGGAUAGGGACGUGGCCGCCAAGUUGGUCAUCAUCAUGGUCGGCCUCCCGGCCAGGGGCAAGUCCUACAUCACGAAGAAACUCCAUCGUUAUUUGUCCUGGCAACAACACAAUACUAAAAUCUUCAAUGUGGGUCACCGCCGACGCAUUGCCGCUGGCGUGGCCAACCCUGCGGAUAUGUCCCCAACUUCUACAACCAACAGGCACGACGUGCCGAGCCAGGCGGCGACGAUCCUGUCGAAGGGCGCAAAGGGACCCGAUAUUGUGCUGGACGACGAGCCGACGAAACUCGACCUCAAUAAGGCCAAAUCUAAGGAGAAGAUGGAUCAGUCGGCCAGCUUCUUCGACCCCAAGAAUGAAGCCGCGGCCAAGAUCCGCGAGCAGGUAGCGCUUGACACGCUCGACGAGCUUCUCGCAUAUCUCCUCCACCAGGGCGGUGCCGUGGGGAUCCUGGAUGCGACUAACAGCACCAUUCACCGGCGAAAACUUCUCGUAGACCAUAUCCAGGCGAGGGAGCCCAAGUUGGGCAUUCUCUUCAUCGAAAGCGUCUGUCAUGACCAAAAUCUCCUCGAGGCAAAUAUGCGGCUCAAGCUGUUUGGUCCCGAUUACAAGGACCAGGAUCCGCACAAAGCCCUGGAAGAUUUCAAGAAGAGAGUGAAGGCGUACGAGAGCGCCUACGAGCCGCUCGGGAAGUGGGAGGAGGACCACGACCUUCAGUACAUUCAGAUGAUUGAUGUGGGAAGGAAGAUCGUCCAACACCGCCUCAGAGGUUUCUUGAGCGGCGGCAUUGUUUCAUACCUCUCCACAUUCAACCUCUCGCCGAGGCAGAUCUGGAUCACCCGCCACGGCCAGAGUGAGGAUAACAGAGUACAAAAGCUUGGCGGCAAUUCGGAGCUGACGGAGCGCGGCCACUUCUAUGGGCAGGCUCUGUACAACUUCAUCACGUACAAACGGAAGGAGUGGCUCAUUCACCAGAAGAACAGGAUUGCCUCUUCCACGUUUCCGCCGAAGCCCGGCGACAACACGCCGCCGUAUCCGGAGCUGAACCAGGAGCUGGACGACAAAAACUUUUGCAUUUGGACCUCGAUGCUCAAACGCAGUGUGGAGACUGCGGAGUACUUUGAGGCGGACGAGGACUACGACGUCAAGGCCUGGGAGAUGCUGAACGAGCUGAACGCGGGCGAUUUUGAGGGCAUGACAUAUGAAGAAAUUGCCGAGCAAUACCCCGAGGAGUAUGCGAAACGGGCCAAGGAUAAGCUCCAGUACAUCUACCCCGGGGUAGGCGGUGAAGGCUAUCUCCAGAUCAUCAGCCGGCUCCGAGACAUGGUGCGCGAGAUUGAGCGUAUCACGGACCACGUGCUCAUCAUCGGGCACCGGUCGGUCUGCCGCGUGCUGAUGGCGUACUUCAUGGACCUCACACGUGACGACAUUGCGGAUCUCGACCUACCGCUCGGCAUCUUGUAUGCCAUUGAGCCCAAGCCGUAUGGCAUCGAGUUCCACGCCUACCGAUACAACGAAGAGACAUUCUGGUUUGACGAGAUGCCUGACUACAAGCCCCAGAGGACGGUCGACAGGAACUCGUGA